UGGCCGAGGGCGGCGGCGGCGGCGGCGGCGGCGGGGGGGAGGGGCCGGGCGGGGGGCCGGCGGCGGCGGCGGCGGCGGCGGAUGGACUCGCGGGUAUCGGAGCUGUUCGGCGGCUGCUGCCGGCCCGGAGCGGGUCCGGCCAUGGGCGGGACCCUCAAAGCUAGGGCUGUCGGCGGCGGCGGCAGUGGCUGCGGGGGCCAGAAGGGGAAGAAGAAGAACGGAAGGAACCGAGGGGGCAAAGCCAACAACCCCCCGUACCUCCCCCCCGAGGCUGAAGAUGGAAACAUUGAAUAUAAACUGAAGCUGGUGAAUCCAUCCCAGUACCGCUUUGAGCACCUGGUGACCCAGAUGAAGUGGCGGCUCCAGGAGGGGCGUGGUGAGGCUGUCUACCAGAUUGGGGUGGAGGACAACGGGCUGCUGGUGGGCCUGGCUGAGGAGGAGAUGCGGGCCUCCCUCAAGACCCUGCACCGGAUGGCAGAGAAGGUUGGGGCGGACAUCACUGUUCUCCGGGAGCGAGAAGUGGAUUAUGACAGUGACCUUCCCCGGAAGAUCACCGAGGUGCUGGUGCGGAAGGUCCCUGACAACCAGCAGUUCCUAGACCUCCGUGUGGCUGUCUUGGGGAAUGUGGACUCAGGAAAGUCAACCCUGCUCGGGGUCCUGACCCAAGGAGAGCUGGACAAUGGGCGGGGCCGGGCUCGACUCAACCUUUUCCGCCACCUGCACGAGAUUCAGUCUGGCCGGACCUCCAGCAUCAGCUUCGAGAUCCUGGGCUUUAACAGCAAGGGAGAGGUGGUGAAUUACAGCGACUCACGGACGGCCGAAGAGAUCUGCGAGAGCAGCUCCAAGAUGAUCACCUUCAUCGACCUGGCGGGCCACCACAAGUACCUGCACACCACCAUCUUCGGCCUCACCUCCUACUGCCCAGACUGCGCCCUGCUCCUGGUCAGCGCUAACACGGGGAUCGCCGGCACCACAAGGGAACAUCUGGGGCUGGCACUGGCCCUGAAAGUGCCCUUCUUCAUCGUGGUCAGUAAAGUGGACCUCUGUGCCAAGACCACAGUGGAGAGGACAGUACGCCAGCUGGAGCGGGUCCUCAAGCAGCCUGGCUGCCACAAGGUCCCCAUGCUGGUCACGUCUGAGGACGACGCUGUCACUGCUGCCCAGCAGUUUGCCCAGUCACCCAACGUCACCCCUAUCUUCACCCUGUCCAGCGUGUCGGGGGAGAGUCUGGACCUUCUCAAAGUCUUCCUGAACAUCCUGCCCCCGCUCACCAACAGCAAAGAGCAGGAGGAGCUCAUGCAGCAGUUGACGGAAUUCCAGGUGGAUGAGAUCUACACGGUACCAGAAGUGGGGACUGUUGUUGGCGGGACGCUUUCCAGUGGGAUUUGCCGUGAGGGUGACCAGCUGGUGGUGGGCCCUACGGACGAUGGCCGCUUCCUGGAGCUGAAAGUAUGCAGCAUCCAGCGCAACCGCUCUGCCUGUCGAGUGCUGCGAGCCGGUCAGGCCGCCACACUGGCCCUGGGGGACUUUGACCGCGCGCUGCUUCGAAAGGGCAUGGUGAUGGUGAGCCCCGAGAUGAACCCCACCAUCUGCUCCGUGUUCGAGGCAGAGAUAGUCCUACUGUUCCACGCCACCACCUUCCGGCGGGGAUUCCAAGUGACAGUCCACGUGGGCAACGUUCGUCAGACAGCCGUGGUGGAAAAGAUCCACGCGAAGGACAAGCUGCGGACAGGGGAGAAGGCGGUGGUGCGUUUCCGCUUUCUGAAGCACCCCGAGUACCUGAAGGUGGGCGCCAAACUGCUGUUCCGGGAGGGCGUCACCAAGGGCAUCGGCCACGUCACCGACGUGCAAGCCAUCUCAGCGGGAGAAGCCCAGGCCAGCAUGGGCUUCUGAACCCUCCGAGCCCGACAGCGCUGUCGCUGUCGCCACAAUACACGAUGACUUCCGGCCACGCUGCCCGCUGUCGGCGGCUCUGUGUGUUCCUAGGCUAGGGAGAGGGCGCUCUCUGCCACUUGCUUCCCGACAGCUUUCGGGAGAGGCACGAAGCUCGGUGUGGCCCCGGGAGGGGCAGGACUGAGGGAAAGACACUUCAGGGCAACGAGCCCACCGGCCGGCCCAGCAACCCUGCAACCCUGCGGCUUGUCUACUGGAGGGAGCGGACUCCAGCCGCCCGGGCCCCAUCACCAGCGGGCGUGACCGGCCCGCCUGGUCCCCGCCCCUCAGGAAGUGUCACAACUGGGGUGGCCUCAGCAGCACUCCUUUUUCUAUACCUCUUCUCAAGGCCAUGUAAGUUGCCCAUCUCUACCUGACUGCACAAGAAACACGGCUCCUGGCCCCCUGGCGGCCCCCGAGCCCGAAGAACUUGAGGGAGGGGCAGUGAGUGGCAGUGUUCCCACCCUGUCGAGACCUAAGGCCAGCCCCUCGGCUUUGUUCCCCUUUUUCUCCCAAGGGCCGAGCCCCCAGCUCCUUUCACAGGCCCCACAGGUGCUACUUGUUGUGCUGGCCCCCGCGUGGGGCUGCCAAGCUAAAGCUUGCCACGCCAAAGGCCAGCUGCAUGGAAACCAGUGUCCCCUUCCCCUCUGCAGCCCCCUGGGGGCCUUCAUGCCGGGUCGGAUGGGACGCUUUGGCUGGGGGACCUGGCCCCUCACAGUUCUGCAGCCUUGCCCUCUUCGCCCCAUUUUCUGCUCUGACAUAAACGUUGUUUUAGUAAUUUGUAGUGCUCAUCCCCUUCCCUCUGAAGCAGGGAGCCAGGAGAGGGAAAGACGCUAGCGUAUUUCUUACUCUGAGGCAUGGACUCUCCUUUCCCUUUAUUAGCAUCCCGGGUUCCCGUAGGCUCAGGGAUUUGUUGGUUGAGAUUUCUCUGCAUAUAUAAAUGUACAUGUAUAUAUAUUUAAAAACAUAUAUAUUGUACAGAAUAAAAUGUUUUGUUGAA